UUAAAGCUAGUAGUAGUACUCUUGUGAGGUAAAACAAAAGCGUUCAAUCAAUUGGUCUUUCACGAAUGGCUCCUGUGAUGGAAUUGCGUGUGGAAGAUUACGUGUUCCCACCGAUGGUCAAGGCUCCCGGAUCCGAUAAGAACUUCUUUCUCGGAGGCGCAGGAGAGAGAGGGCGAUCGGACUUAGAAGGGAAGUACGUGAAGUAUACGGCAAUAGGGGUAUAUUUGGAGGAAGACAAAGCAACCUCAUCAUUAGCUGCUAAAUGGAAGGGCAAAAGUGCCAUUGAGCUAGCAGAUUCUGUAGACUUUUUCCGUGACAUUAUUACAGGUCCAUUUGAGAAGUUCACCCAGAUCACCAUGAUUCAGCCGCUGACAGGACAACAAUACUCUGUAAACAUGGCACGAACUUUUGUCGAACGUUGGAAAGACAUCGGAAUUUACACUGACGAAGAAGCCAAGGCAGUUCAGAUAUAUCUCGAGGCCUUCGAUGACAAGAAAUUUUCGCCUGGGGAAAGUAUUCUGUUUACACAAUCACCUGAUGGAAAAUUUACGAUUGCAUUUUCUGAGCAUAAUGCCAUUCCAAAAGAUGGGGUCGCAGUGAUACAGAACAAAACCUUGCCAGAAGAGAUACUGAAUUCGAUCAUUGGUGAAACUGGAGUUUGCCCCCAAGCAAGGCAGAUAUUAGCUGAAAGGAUUUCAGAAUUGUUGAAUAAAGAGGUGUUAGCCGGGGAAAGUGAAGUGGCAGCCAGAAUUGAGAAGCUCUAGACAUCGUAAGGUUUGAAAGCAUAGACCGGCUGAAAUGGUGCUAAGACAAGAGAACAAAAACACUUAAAGAUGCAUUUGGAAUAACAUAGUUUGGUAAGGAAUAAGCAUUGUUUUGAAAAUUUUAUUGUAGUCUAAUUUCUUGAACUAUGUAAACUUAUUUCAUGCUGUUAGACAUACCAAUUAUGCAUACAAUGUGUAAUGGGACUACAUUAGUUACAACA